CUCUUACAUCAGACCAAGGAUUUCGAACUAAUCAGUAAGUGAGGAAUAUAUAACACUUCAUUUCAGAUCAGAAAGCCAUAUCAAACUCGUUAUAAUUUGAUGACAGAAACAUGCCGUGACAUUAUCUCAUUCUUCACGCAUAAAAUCCCAGUAAAAUCUUCCUUGAAUUUAUUUCCGCGGUGUAGAUAUUUUUUCUGAAAGGAUAUAUAAAGUUCUAGAAUCCAUUUCUCAAGGAUUCAUUUGUGGAUAAAGGGCAAGAAGACCAGAAGGCGGUGCAUGAAAAACAGAUUCACAUUGCAGCUUUCACAUUGAUGGAUUCACAUAAGAGGAACUGAAAUAAAGCCAUGACGACUUCCAAAAAUCAUUUUCUUAAAGAGACAUUGCAUAAUCAAAGCAAUAAAAAACGUAUAUUAGCCCACAAAAAUUUUCACUUUGGAAGCUCAAGAAGGGAGAUAAAUAUCACGACCUCGGUGAAAGUCAAACAUUGUGCACAGUGCCGAGGUGAAUUAGAAUUCCACUGCCACACAUGUAAGCUGGAUCUCUGCGCUUUUUGUAAGGAGAGGCACCUUAUUCAAUUGGACUCCAAACACCAUGACGUCACAAUAUACAGUUUGAAGAAAAGAUAUUUUAAGAAGAUAGAAUCAUGUGAAAAACAUCCCAGCAUGCCAUUUCAAACAUGGUGUCAUUCGUGUGAAUUUCCAAUCUGUGUUAAGUGUGAAGGUCACGAAGAGCAUGAUUUUUUGGAAAUUACAUCAGUGUUUAAAUUUUACAGACACUCACACAAAGACAGAAUUGCGAACAUCAGAAGUGUGAUUCUCCUGCACAGACUGUCGAUUUUGAAUGACAUCAAAUCUGACUUCAGCACGUGUCAAAUAAAAAUAGCAAUGUUUCAGAAGAAUAUGGCUUCCAAAGGUCAGGCACUUAAAGACCGAGUGGAUGUGAGUUUACAACACUUAGAUAAAUUAAAACUUUAUCUGAAAUUUGUAGUAGAACAACAGAGAAAAAUUGAAAACAUUGAAAACUAUGAACUAAAAUUUGAGAAAUUAGCAAACAAGCCUGCACAAUUCUUGUCUUUUCUAAAGAAAACUCCAGUUUUAAAAAUAAAAGAUACUGCACUGCAACGAAGACGGAAAUGUAUAAAUAGACAAAUUUGUAUCUUGCAGGAUAAGAAACAUAAUGAUGAAAGAUCAGAAAAAACACAUGAACGUUUCUUCUUCCGAAAGAACACCCCCGUAACCACAAUGAAAGAUCUUUCAGAAACCUCUACAACCACUGUUUUCCAUCCGAGGUUCAAAUUCGACAAACAGAAUUUCAUAAAGUUCCUGGGGGAAAUCCAAAUUACCGAAGGCGGGAAAAGGCGUAUAAAACCCGAGCACCUGUUUGAAUGGAAAUAUCCUGCUCAGUCCAAUGGAUUUGUCAGUGUGGCCACUGUAAGACGUGGCUACCAUCUUUCCUGUUCCACAACAGACCUGGUGGCUGUCAGUGAUGGAGUUGGUCUAUUCUUGACAAAUCUUAAAGGUCACACUUUAUAUCAUCUAACUAACAUACAGAUGAGUAGUGGUGGUAUACAUACAAUGAACUCUGCAAAUGACCUAAUUUUUAUUGACAACGAAUUGAAUAUCAUUAAACUAUCAUCAUAUACAAAAACAAAAAUUACACUGAUAGAGAAACCAAACCCUUGGGAACCAAUGUGUGUCUUCUGCUCUUCCACUGAAGAUCUAAUGUUAGGGAUGGGAAUUCAUGACGUGGAUAAAGAUCAUUAUUCAGAAGUUAAAAUAAUUCGAUACAACAGCAAAGGAAGACUAGUCCAGACCAUUCAACACAACAGUGCAGGUCAGGAACUGUACAGUAAACCAAGAUACAUCACAGAGAACCGUAAUGGAGAUGUUAUCGUGUCCGACAACAACCGUGCUGUAGUGGUGACAGAUAGACGAGGGAGACAUCGCUUCUCCUAUACAGGACCUCCAUCGGGUCCGCGAUUAUACCCUUAUGGCGUCUGUACAGAUGCGUUGUCACACAUCCUGGUGUGUGACGGUACCACAUACUCGGUACAGAUGAUAGAUGAGGGUGGUCACUUUCUGGCACGGCUACUGACAAAAAGAGAUGGGGUUUAUAAUCCACAUAGUCUAGUUUAUGAUCUUAAAAAUCAACUGUUACUAGUCGGAUCUUCCACCAACGACAAAGUGAACGUAUACAAGUACAUAAAACUUCAGAGUUAUUUCACUUGUGAUGAUAAAUAGAGCAUCAAAAUUAAACUGAUGCUUAUACAUGUAUACUGUGUGGAUAUUAUCUCACUGGUAAUUAUAUCAACGAUGAAAUGUUUAACAUAUUACUAGUACAUGUAUAUCUUUAAAGUAUAUACACUA